UUGCCCUGUGGAUCAGUAAAAAAGUGUGUUGGUGAUGAAAGGCAAAGAGAGAGUCGAGAAAAGAGUGCAGAAAUGGACAAAUCUCCGAAAAGCGUGAAGUCGUCCAGGACAAAUCUGUAGAAAGCGUGAAGCUAGCAGCCGCAGGAAGUAGCACCGCACCUGUGGUGACGGAAGAUGUUUCCGAGACUGAUGCAGCCUCCUCCUCCUCCUCCUCCUCCUCCGCUCGAUGGAAUUGAAGAUAUGCAAGGUCACAAUCACCGAGCAGACCCUUGCCUCGUCUUGACUUCCGAUCCCAAACCCCGUCUCCGCUGGACUGCUGACCUUCACGAACGAUUUGUCGACGCAGUCACUCAACUUGGUGGCGCCGCUAAAGCUACGCCCAAGGCCAUUAUGCGAACAAUGAAUGUCAAGGGGCUGACACUUUUUCAUUUAAAAAGUCAUCUACAGAAAUACAGGCUAGGUAAGCAAGCAGGAAAGGAUAUGGAUGAGGUAUCCAAGGAUGGAUUGUCAGCUUCAUACCUUCUAGAAAGCCCUGGUACUGGUAAUUCUUCGCCAAAUUUGCCUACUUCUGAUAUGAAUGAGGGUUAUGAAGUCAAAGAGGCAUUACGAGUGCAAAUGGAAGUACAAAGUAAACUACAUGUGCAAGUUGAGGCUGAGAAGCACUUGCAGAUUCGCCAGGAUGCAGAGCGAAGAUAUAUGGCCAUGCUUGAGAGAGCUUGUAAGAUGCUUGCCGAUCAAUUUAUUGGAGGUUCAGUCAUUGAUACUGAUGGCCAUAAAUGUCAUGGCUUGGGGAAUAAGAAUCCAAAAAGUUCCUCCCUCGACCCACUUGGCUUCUACUCAUUACAAUCCACAGAUGUGGCUGGAGUUCAUGGUCCGGAAGAAGAAGUGCUAACUAGUGUCCAUCCCCAAAGGGCUGAUUGCUCCACUGAAAGCUGCCUCACAUCACAUGAGAGUCCUGGAGGACUAACUUUGGAAGGAUCUCCAGGUGAUGGGAAAAAAAGAAUGUUGAGCUUGGAGUCGGCAACUGCAUCUCUAAUUUGGGGUGAAGCCAAGGUGAGAACCCAAGAGAUUAAUCUAGCCCCAGUUGAGCCUCAUGGAAUUACUAGGUAUGGCAUAUAGGCCCGAAACAUGUGUUUGAAUGGUUGAUCAUCUCGUGAUCAGAAUCAGAUCCUUAUGUUCACUCUGUGCAUUACAAUAUUAAAAUGUAAAAUUUUCGGUCUUCCUGUCCAUCUAGUUGGCAGGAAUUGGAAGUGGCAACUAGGUCUCCCAACUCCCAAACUGUAAAUUCAACAUACUAGGGGCUUAAAUACCAGAACUAAUUGCUUCUGAUUUUCGCAAAUCAUGUGGCAGAAGUUGCAUGGACUGAAUUUGACUUUAUGCAGCAUCUUCAAUUAUGUAUUUUACUGCAGUCUUGAAAACCAUAGGAUUUGAGAGUGCUUUAAUCAACUUCUGCAUUUUUGUGAUC